CUAUCUAUUUAUCUACUACUGUCUACUGAGCCUAUGUACCCUUAUGUUUGUCCAUUGGGGAGGCAUUACUGAGCCUAUGUACCCUUAUGUUUGCCCAUUGGGGAGGCAUCACUGAGCCUAUGUACCCUUAUGUUUGCCCAUUGGGGAGGCAUCACUGAGCCUAUGUACCAUUUUGUUUGCCCAUUGGGGAGGCAUCACUGAGCCUAUGUACCCUUAUGUUUGUCCAUUGGGGGGGCAUCACUGAGCCUAUAUACCCUUAUGUUUGUCCAUUGGGGAGGCAUCACUGAGCCAAUGUACCCUUAUGUUUGUCCAUUGGGGGAGCAUCACUGAGCCUAUAUACCCUUAUGUUUGUCCAUUGGGGAGGCAUCACUGAGCCUAUGUACCCUUAUGUUUGUCCAUUGGGGGAGCAUCACUGAGCCUAUAUACUCUUAUGUUUGCCCAAUGGGGAGCAUCCUUUGGCCCAUUGCACAUCAUAUGUUAGCAUGGCAUUUUCUGUGGAAAUACCUGUAUAUUAAUGUUCUUUUCUUUUUGCUCUCUCCCUGGCUCCUGGGCACCCACCCUCCUCUGGCAAUGCCACUCUUGCCUUGUUUGGCCAACGUACUUCUCAGCCACGUGUCUCAGAGGGCAGCGAUUGUGGGAACAAGUCGAGUGACACUGCUUCUCUUGGCUCCGAGAUGUCCAGACAUUUACAAUGAAUAGCAAGGAGUGUGCUGAGGUCUCAGAGAACAGCCACCAUAUUAAAGUCUUUCUGCCCAAGAAACUUCUCGAGUGUCUGCCCAAGUGCACUCUCCUGCCCAAAGAGAGACUGCGCUGGAACACCAAUGAGGAAAUUGCAUCGUAUCUCAUCACAUUUGAGAGACAUGAGGAGUGGAUGUCCUGUGCCCCUAAGACAAGACCUCAGAAUGGCUCCAUCAUUCUCUAUAAUCGUAAGAAGGUGAAAUACCGCAAGGACGGCUAUUGCUGGAAAAAGAGGAAAGAUGGGAAAACAACACGGGAAGAUCACAUGAAACUGAAAGUGCAAGGAAUGGAGUGUUUGUAUGGCUGUUACGUUCAUUCUUCUAUCGUCCCAACAUUUCACCGCCGUUGCUACUGGCUUUUGCAGAAUCCAGACAUAGUUCUGGUUCAUUAUCUGAACGUUCCAGCCAUCGAGGAUUGUGGGAAGAUCUGUGGCCCUAUACUUUGUUCGACCAAUAGUGAUCGCAAGGAGUGGAUGAAAUGGAGCAAAGAGGAGCUGAUUAGUCAACUUAAGCCUAUGUUUCACGGCAUUAAAUGGUCCUGCAGUAAUGGGAAUGGAAUGAGCGAGUUCUCUAUAGAACAACUGGUCCAACAGAUCCUGGACACUCACCAGGCCAAACCCCUUCCUCGUACCCACACCUGUAUGUGCAGCACCAGCCUGGGGUCAACAGGAGGGGUUCCUCACAAAUGUACCAGUACAAAGCACCGCAUCAUUUCCCCAAAGGUGGAGCCAAGGAUGUGCCCAUUGCCCGCUCUCACUGAGGUUCAGAAUAUUUCCUCCUCUGCUGAGCCAGACCAGGGUAAGGAAAGGAGAGUCACACCAAAGGGUUGUAGGACUCCUUCAGGCAAUGACUCAAGCUCCUCCCAUUCCUACUCUGAACUGCCAGAUAGCACACAAGCCUCCCCACCUCUGACCCUCAGCAAUGGAUUCUAUACAGACCAGGAACUAACUGGCGUCACCAUUACAGCUGCACCUGGGGUGCCUGGCAUUAGCGCAGUGUUAGUGAUGACGGGGAUAACGGAAAAGCCAUUGGCAUUAACACCCAGUCAGCAACUUGUACCAUCGGGAAACCAGUCUAACUCUGCACCAGUUAGUGUGUCCCUGAUACCUUCUCCUGUUGAGGGCCUCCUGCUGUCUUCUUCACAGAGUCUGGAGGUAGCAAUGGAGGCUGCUCCAGGGAGCACUAGUGGUCCAAUCACAUUUGAUCCUGACUCCUUCCUCAACAGUCCCAGAGAGGGGCAGACCUAUGGGGGGGCAUCAGGGACAGCAGAAUUUAAGACUGAUGAGACCUCAGAAGGAGGAGAAGCAGAAGGAGAAGCCCAAAAGGAAGGCUACAUGGAGUCAGUGGAGCAGAAAUCAUUGGUUAAAGAGGAGAAGGCAAACAUGCAGAAGGAGGUGCUAGUGGUGGAAGAUCAUGAGGAAGAGGAGAAGAGAAGUGGUUUGGAGGUGGAGAUGGACACCAGGAAGGAGCAGGCUGAGUCCAGGCAUGAGGAGGUUGCAGAAGCACCUGGUGAUGGUCAGGAGGAGGACAAGCCAGAAGGAACCCAUAUGAGUGACCUUUACUCCAUCAUCCACAAUGACCUGAGCUCAUCUUCUGGAGCGUCCAGUGACCACAUGGAAUUGUCUGCAGAAAACUUCAACAUCUCUUUCGACAGCCAAUUCCCCGACCUCAUCUCUGAUCUGAUGACUGAGGAGGCUCCUCCAGGAGACUAUUAUGGGCCUCCCCAGGCACAAUCUUCCCCACAAGCCCAGUAUGUACAGCAGCAGGUCCAGCCAAUUGCAGCGAGUGCUUCAGUGGUGGGGACAGUCUACUCCGAUGGGAGAGAGGAGACUCUAGGCCUUGUUGGGAUCACAGACUUCUCUCCAGAAUGGUCCUACCCCGAGGGGGGUGUUAAGAUCCUGAUCACAGGUCCCUGGUUAGAAAAUACAGACUCUUAUUCCUGUGUAUUUGAUCACCUGACUGUGCAGGCCUCUCUCAUCCAAUCAGGAGUCCUACGCUGCUACUGCCCAGCCCACGAGGCCGGCCUGGUCACACUGCAGGUCAUACAUCACCAGCAAGUUAUCUCUCACUCUGUCGUCUUCGAGUAUCGUGCCCGAAACUUCCUCACGCUACCCAGCACCCAGUUGGACUGGCUCUCACUCGAUGACAAUCAGUUUAGGAUGUCUAUCCUGGAGCGCUUGGAACAGAUGGAGAGGAGAAUGGCCGAUAUGAGUUCUGGGCAGACCCAGCACCACCAGACUCCUUCUGGCCCACGGGGAGGAGAGAGCACCCAGAUGUCAAGUGCCGAUUCCUUUGAGGCUCGAUUAGUGGCAGUGUGUGAGAAAAUGAUGUCACAGAGCUGCUGGGUGACAUCAGACCUUCUAACACACGAGAUGAGUUACCGAGGCAUGACUCUGCUCCACCUCGCAGCUGCUCAGGGAUACGCCCAGCUCAUACACACCCUGAUACAGUGGAGGAACCUUCAUUCCCAAAGUCUGGCAGUGGAAUUGGAGGUUGACCCUCUGAAUGUGGAUCACUUCUCCUGUACCCCUCUGAUGUGGGCUUGCGCUCUGGGUCACACUGAAGCUGCCAGUCUCUUGUUCCGCUGGGACUGUCGGGCUCUUUCCAUCCCAGACUCCUUGGGUCGCUUUCCAUUGGGUGUUGCCCGAUACAGAGGCCAUACCAAACUGGCUGCCACCCUGGAGGAGAUGCAGAGAACGGAGCCCUUCCACAGUAACAACACAAGCCUACAGGCAAGCAGCUGGCACCCACUCACUGGCAACCAGGAGCCCAGCAUGGGACUGUCACCCCUCUCUACCAGUGCUGAUACAGGGCUCAGCAGUCUCCCAUCUCCAUCGGAAGUGUCAGACGGUUCCGUGUCUGUAACCUCUGCCUAUUCCAGUAGUUCUGCUCUGCGAGACUCUCCUGACUGCAGCCCAGAGAGUAGCCAGGACACCCCUGCGGAGACUUCCCCAAGCUCUCGAAUUCUCACCUCCUCCUGGGACCCUGAAGAUGCAGGAGGGACCGCUUUGUACCUGGACUCUCCUGGGGCUGGCGAUAACUUUGAGGAGUCACAUGAUCUCUUGGGAUACACAGAGGAUACUGAGAACCAGGGUUACUUGCAGGUGGACAUGGUGACUCUGGCAGAGCAGAUUAUUGAGGCCACUCCAGAUCGGAUAAAACAGGAGGACUUCACUGCGUCGGAUUCUGUUGCACUAAGGGAAAGGUCUGGCAACCUGAGUAAGACUAUGACUUGGCUCGCCAGUUACCUAGAGACUGCAGAUCAGAUGCCCGGCCUGCCUCCACAUGGGGAGGGGAUGAGAGCUGCACGUGCCUUGGCUCGAUUUGCUCAGAUGAGUCCGAGAGAUGAAGGAUCAAGUCAUUUGCCCCCAAGUGAAAUGUACAGUCAGUGGAGCAAGAGAGGCAACAGGCGCUCCUCUGAGCCUUUACGGGUUAAAAUAUCAAGGUCUGAAACUCCCCUGUCCCGCUCCACUCCGUCUCCCUUGGGAGAAAUCCCAUUUGAGAGGUUUGAUCCCCCGGGUGCAGCUCGCUGGUCAGAGUUCCUCAGUGCCUCAAGCAGUGGCAGAAUGGAGAGUGAAUUUGCUCUUCUCACCCUGUCGGACCACGAGCAGCGAGAGUUAUAUGAGGCAGCCCGAGUCAUUCAGACGGCGUUCCGUAAGUACAAGGGCCGGCGCUUAAAAGAACAGCAGGAUCUGGCUGCAGCCGUCAUACAGCGCUGCUAUAGGAAGUACAAACAGCUGACUUGGAUUGCUCUGAAGUAUGCCCUGUACAAGAAGAUGACACAGGCAGCCAUAUUAAUCCAGUCCAAGUUCCGCAGUUACUAUGAGCAGAAGCGUUUCCAGCAGAGUCGUCGGGCAGCCGUCCUGAUCCAGCAGUGUUACAGGAGCUACAGAGAGGGGGCACGGGGGGGCACUGCCCUGCAACACUGCAUUAAGGGAUCCUUCCUGACCAAGAAGCAAGAUCAGGCUGCCCGAAAAAUCAUGCGCUUCCUCCGCCGCUGCCGCCUCAGGAUGAAGGAGAUGAAGCAGACCCAGGAGUGUUUACAGACAAGGGGACUGACCAAAUGACUUUGUUCUCAUUGAAUUCUCCUGUACCUGUACCUGUGUAUCAGUUGUGUCGCUCACUGCCCUUCCUCAGGCUGCACACACCUCUUCUAUAGGGACUGGUCUACGAGCCACACCCUGUGCCACUGCAGUGUGUGUGUGUGUGUGUGUGUGUUGGGGGUACAGUGACUGUACUGUAUGCAGGGCUAACUGUGUGACACUGGGACUUCAGAUCAAACCACUUCAUGCAGUGUGACUACAGAUAUGGAGAGAGAUAUAUAUAUAUAAUUGUGUAUAAAUCUGUAUAUAUGUAUGCAUGUAUAUAUGUUCUGCAUGUAUGUCCAUGAGUAUGUGAUUCACAUACAUGCGCUUGUGUACAUCACUACUUAUAACUGCCCAUGUAUUAUAUAUAUUAUAUAAUAUGUGUGUGUGUGUGUGAUUGGUUGCCUAUGUACAGUGUGCAGUUGUACAGGGAAAGGUGUUGGUGUGUGUGUGACUGUGUGAGGCGCAGGUAUGUGAAUGUAUGACUCUGUGUGUGAGUCUCUUUUAUUUAUUUAUUUAUUUAUUUCACCUGUCUCAUUUCAUGCACUUUGUUACUCCUCCCCAUAUAGAUAUUUAUAUAUUUGUGGCUUUUGUACCGACGUUCCCAUGAGAACCUUUUACAUGCAAAUCCGUUGUGUUUUAUAUUGGGUUUUUUUCUACUACUUACUGGGAAUAUCCCCUAAUUGUGAUUGGCUGGUGAGUGUGAGGGUUCAUGCUGGGAUGAGCUGCAGGAGAAUGGAUGGAAGCUGUGCGGGUGGGUGUAUACACUGGAUAUCUGGGGGGUAGGAGCCAUGGCAAGUAUUGGGGUACAGAGUAUGAUCAGUGUGCAAUAUAGGGGAUAUAUAUAUUAUCUGUAUAUAAGGAAGCUGAAACAUUGUUAAUCACUGAGCGAUGUAUAUAUACAAGACUAUAUGAAGAGAUGACACAUACAGUAUAUAUAUAGAGAGAGAGAGAAUUCUAUCCCCAUGCCUUUUCCCGGUUCUGGUCACAUGAUGUGUAUGGCCGCCAUAUACAGUAACUGUAUUAUUUAUGUAUGUCAGGUCCCUUUAUCUGUAUGACCCCCCCCCCCCCCGGGAUUCCUUACUUGGGGAAAUCACUAGAAUUGGACUGACAGGGAACACAGGGCACUGAUCCUCCUUCCGUUGGCUGAAAAGUGACACCCAGCUCUCCAACUGCCAGCUGGGCCAACCACCCAAUGUGUCGGAGCAGAGAUCUGCGUGCCCUACACUAUUGCCUAUGGAUACAAAGGGUUAAAUAUAAAAACA